AUGGUAAUAGAUACUACUAUGUACGCGGUAGAGUUGGGAAUGGGCACAUUUGAUCCUUCAUCAUCUCAUAAAACAGUUUAUCUCGGGUUCGAUACCGGAAGUGAUCUCAUAUGGACUCAAUGUGAAGGUUGUGAAAAUUGCUUUCUUCAAAAAGAUCCGUUUUAUCCCUUUAGUAAAUCUUAUACUUAUAGGCAACUCCCUUGCCAUAACUGUCCUCCCGGCGCAACAUGUGUGGACAAUACUUGCCGGGUGACCGUAGAGUAUGGAGAUGGCGCCGUAGUUGAAGCGGUUUUGUCUUAUGAAUCGUUUACCUUCCAGACUCCAACUACUCCUCUAGUUUUGGAUGAUGUUUUAUUUGGUUGCGGUAUCAACAUGCUACAUUUUGAUGCUGAAGAUAAAGAUGAAAACAAUAGAAUAAGUGGACUGUUCGGAAUGAAUUAUGGCGAACUUAGCUUCCAAGAACAACAAAGACAAGAGUUGGUUCAUGGAAAAUUUCAAUAUUGCUUACAAAAGAAAGAAGCUGACCAAGCAUUACCACCAAUGUUCCUUCGAUUUGGAGAUAAUUGUAUACAACCCACAGGAACACCGAGAUCCAUCCCAAUGUUUCGGUUUCAGAACAGACCUAUCUACUACAUAGAUCUCCGCGGCAUUAGGGUUGGCCAAAAAGUACUUGCGAUUCCUCCUAAUGUGUUUCAAAUCUCCCCAGAUGGGAAUGGAGGAACCGUGAUUGACUCGGGCGCGGAGGCAUCCUAUAUAACCACAGAGGCCUACAAGAUCUUGGAAGCCGAGGUGGCAGCGUACAUCGAAUCUAGAAACUCAGAUGUUAAGAGAGAUUAUGCUUCAGCUAAAGAGAAAGGGUACGAACUUUGUUACAAGCGUGAGAGUGCAUCUACAACCUUUGAUCUUCCUUGGGUUACUUUGUUGUUUCCAAAUGAUGUGAAUUUCCAAAUUAAUCCAAAUCUUGUAUUUGAUGUUUUUUACACUGAAAAUGGUCAAGUCCUAAUUUGCUUGUACAUUUUUGAAUCGGAAAAGAAUAUUGGUGGUGUGAACCUAUUAGGAUCUCUCCACCAGGUGGGUCAUCGUAUAACAUAUGAUCUUCCUAAUGGACAACUACUCGUUGCAGAUGAGGAUUGCAAUUUGGGUCGUUAG